AUCACCAAAAAAACAAAACCUAUUGUGACUGUGAAGAAGACGGUGAUGGAUGGAAGUUUAUGGUUUACAGUGAAGCUUUUUGGACAGGACGGCCAUGGCAAUACAUGGAUAGGAACAAGCAACAAAGAAAUGGAAAACCCCCCAUUUUCAUUCUCAAAUUGUAACCAUAACCCCACAAACCUUUACCUUUGCCACGUAGCUGACUCCUUUUUUCAACAUCUGCAUCUCAAUUCCUCCUUCCCCAAUUUCCCAUUCUUUGCUCUCUCUAUAUAUAUUCUCUCUUCCCUUUACCUUCUUUCCGUUCGGUUCACGGGACUCUCCAUCACCCAUUUCUUCAAUUCAACCACCGUCCUGUGAAACGGGCUAAUUUCUCUGCUUCUUCUAAGAUUUUGAAGUGCAGCUCAUUCAGGAUGUCUUCUCCAAGCAAAAGGAGAGAAAUGGAUGUCAUGAAAUUGAUGAUGAGUGACUACAAUGUGGAGAUGAUAAAUGAUGGACUCAGUGAAUUCAAUGUGGAGUUCCAUGGUCCCAAAGAAAGCUUAUACGAAACUGGCGUUUGGAAAAUCCGUGUUGAGCUACCUGAUGCAUAUCCAUACAAGUCUCCUUCAAUUGGUUUUGUAAACAAGAUAUUCCACCCAAAUGUUGACGAACUAUCUGGUUCUGUGUGCUUGGAUGUGAUUAAUCAGUCUUGGAGUCCGAUGUUCGAUCUCUUAAACGUUUUUGAGGUUUUUCUUCCCCAGCUUCUCCUUUAUCCCAAUCCUUCCGACCCCCUUAAUGGUGACGCAGCAUCGCUUAUGAUGAAGGACCGGAAGCAGUAUGAUGAAAAAGUUAAAGAGUACUGCGAACGGUAUGCGAAGAAGGAGAACGACAUUAAGUGCACAGCAGAAGAUGAGAGUGAAGAGGAUGAAAUCAGCAAUAACGAAAGCGGUUCAAGUGACGACGAUGUUGCCGGACAUGCUGAUCCCUAAAUGGAAGCAAGGCAUUAUAUCAAUCUAUUCUUCAUUUAGUAGCAGCAAGUGAAUUUACAUGUUUGCUUUUCUAUAUUUUUACUGGUUGGUAUGAUCAUAUCGAAAAUACCCAACAAAGUUUUAGAUGAUUCUUAGAUUGUCAUGACAGUGCUGUAUUAAACGACUUGAAAUGUUCGAGCUGUCCAGUAGGGGACAUUAGCAAGGUGACAAUAUUCUAUCAGUUAAUGAAAUAGAUUACAUGAAACGAAAUUAUUUCU